CUCCGACCGAGACCCCGGUCCGGUCCGUCGGUCAGUCGAAAUGAAGAUGGCCGCCGAGGUGAGGUGGCUCCUCGUUUUUCUCGUGUCGUGCGGCGUGUCGUCGUGCCGCGGCGAGGCGCCGCAUCGGAAAUUCGAGUACAAGUACUCGUUCAAGCCACCGUACCUCGCGCAGAAGGACGGUAGCGUACCGUUCUGGGAGUACGGCGGAAAUGCCAUUGCUAGUUCAGAAAAUGUUAGAGUAGCACCGUCGCUUAGAAGUCAAAAAGGUGCAAUAUGGGUGAAACAGCCAACGAGUUUCGACUGGUGGGAGGUAGAAUUAGUAUUCCGAAUAAGCGGACGUGGAAGGAUAGGGGCGGAUGGUUUGGCAUUCUGGUACACGAACAGCAAAGGAUCCUACAACGGCACGGUUUUCGGCAGCUCGGAUCUUUGGACGGGCCUGGGAGUCAUGUUCGACUCGUUCGAUAACGACAAUAAGCACAAUAAUCCGUACAUCAUGGCGGUUGUCAAUGACGGCACAAAGGUCUUCGAUCAUGUGAAUGACGGCUCUACGCAGCAAUUGGCGGGCUGUUUGCGUGACUUCCGCAACAAACCUUUUGCCACGCGAGCGCGGAUAGAGUAUUACAUGAAUACCUUAACCCUGCUGUUCCAUAACGGUAUGACGAACAACGAGCAAGAUUACGAUAUCUGCUUCCGAGUUGACAACGUUGUGUUACCGAAACAUGGAUAUUUUGGAAUUUCCGCUGCUACCGGUGGCCUGGCUGAUGACCAUGACAUCUUAUAUUUCCUUACUACCUCUCUGUAUCCUCCCGGACAGCUACCAGUGGAUGGGAGUAAAGUUCCUACAGAGGAACAAGCCAAACUACAGCAGGAAUACUUAGACUACCAAAAGAAGCUCGAUGAACAAAAAGAGGAAUAUCGCAAGGAGCAUCCAGAGCUUCAGCAGAAAGAAUUUGAAGAAUACUAUGAAUCGGAGAAUCAAAGGGAAUUACGACAGAUAUUUACUGGGCAAAGUCAGAUGUUUGAGGGAUUGCGUGAACUUCACAAAAAAUUAGAUGAGGUUAUUGGAAGACAAGAGAGAACCUUGGGUUUAAUAUCUCAGAUCGGACAAGGAGGUGUACAAGUUGCGGGUCAGCCAGGGCAACAGCCGGUGCUGAUCGACACUAUACGUCGGCAAGAAGUCGACGCUGUGCUGAGUAAUCAAAAUAUCAUAUUAAAUAUGGCCAGGGAAAUUAAAUCCUUCGUUGGAGAUGUUCAUUCCAAGACGGAAUCAAUUCUUAACAAUCAAGCGCGCGCUCCAACUGCACAGGUGCAGCCGAUGGGUUACGAUUAUCAGUCGUUUAUGACGGAGAUGCGAGAUGGACUUAACACGUUAAAGAAGGAUAUGAAGAUCACAGGAAACACAGAUUGUCCUAAUUGUUUAACAACUGGCAUAUUCUUGCUAUUCAUCGUGGUGCAGAUGCUAAUACUAUUGGUGUACAGUUUUUAUCGAGACAAUAAGGAGGCACAGAUGAAGAAACUCUACUGAUGUACGUCGCUUACAUCGACGAAUUUAUACAAUGCAUUCUCGUUUGUAUUCUAAUUCGAUAUUUUUAUUACUCGUUAUUCGUAUCCGCGAGGUAUACGUGUCUCUCGACAUUUGUAUAAUAAAUCCUUGGUCUGAUAGAUCGACGUGAAAGCAUCCGUCGGAUAUCGCCUCACGAUGACACAAGGACAUCUCUCAGCGAAAUAACUCGCUCAUUUUAAAUAAUGUUUUAAAUAUCCAAAUCCGGCAGCCAUCUCCAUCACGGUACAUUGUGUAUUACGUUGCGCAAUCUAUGUUACAGUUGUCGUAUAUUGACAAAACGUGAGCGUGAGGUUUAGACGAUGAUUUAAGUUAAAGUUUACUCACGGAUUAGUUGACCUGGAAUUGGGAGUUAUUAAAGAUGUCUCACGAUCUUUUUUCAUGUAUCGUUAUAUGUAUAAUAUAUAGUUUUUUACUCGUCAGUCGUCGCAAACAUAUUUAUCGUUACGCACACGUUUUUUUUGUGAAUUUUUCCAUUUACGAUCGUUGUAUUAGUGAUAAUUGCAACGGCAAUGCGGCUUUCCGUGUAAAUUUUUGUAUGAUAUUUUGUAUCACGCAUUUAGUACAUGAAUAUACAAUUACUUUAUUCGUAAGAAUUGUCACUCUUUCGUCACGCAUCGAGGUCGUCGGCAUUCCGCUGUGAACUGCGGCGUUGGCGCACGAAGAGAUAAUUAUCACAUGAUGCGUCUUACAACCGUUAUGUAAUAGUGACGAUUUUCAAUGUCACUCAGCAUUCCAUUGGAGACUACUGUAGUUCGGAGUAACGUGCGUUUGUGUACUACAGCCUAUCCUGUUGUGUAAACAUGAUUGUGUGCAGUGAGAUAGCGUUUUUUGGAACACGAUAAAAGACUCCCAGUAGAAUGUGUGUACGUGUGUAAAGUGCAUGUAGAGCUGCGAUAGCGAACGGGAGCGAGGUGGAAAGAUUUCGAAGUUCAUUAUUUCCCCGCAUCAUUGCAUUUGUAAAAGUUUAUUGAAUAUUGUAGUCAUACGAGAAAAUAUAUCUGACAAAAAAAUACAAAGAGGGUGGAAACCGAGAGAAA